UGACCAAUUAAAACUAUGAGUGGGCGUGGCUUGACGCGGUUGCUUUUUUUUCCUCGUUUACAUGGAGGCGUUCGCGCUGAGAGUGUUGUUUUGUGUUCCUGCGGGGCACGGACGGAGCUGCUAGGGCUGGUGAAAGUGCUGCCUUCCGCCUUUUCCUGCUUCAAACUACUGUCAAGAGAGACUUACUGGGACAAGGGGAAAAGCGGAUGCUAUAACUAUCUGAGGUCCUCCAACAUAGAAGAUGCUCAGCCAACAGAACAGGAACGAGAGGUUUGGAACCAGGUGAACUCGGUCCUGCAGGACUCUGAGAACAUCCUCUCUGGCCUGCAGGCGUAUAAAGGCGCUGGCCAGGAGAUCAGAGACGCAAUUCAAAACCCUAGUGACCUCAUGCUGCAGGAGCGAGCCUGGAAUUCAGUCUGCCCUCUGGUCAUCAAACUCAAGAAGUUUUACAGUUUCUCUCUUCGACUAGAGGAGGCUCUGAGGAGUUUGUUGGAGUCCCUGACAUGUCCACCUCUGACGCCCACUCAGCAUCUGGAGCGAGAGCAAGCGCUGGCCAAGCAGUUUGCAGAGAUCCUCCACUUCACGCUGCGCUUUGAUGAGCUCAAGAUGAGAAUUCCCGCCAUUCAGAAUGACUUCAGUUACUAUAGAAGAACAAUCAGUCGGAACCGGAUUAACAAUAUGAAUCUGGACAUAGAGAGUGAAGUCAACAACGAGAUGGCAAACAGGAUGUCUCUGUUCUACGCCGAGGCCACGCCGAUGCUGAAAACACUCAGCACUGCAACCACACACUUCACAGAGAACAAUACUCUUCCACUGGAGAACACAACAGACUGUCUCAGCACCAUGGCCAGUGUUUGUAAAGUCAUGCUGGAGACACCAGAAUAUUCGAGUCGUUUCAGCAGUGAGGACACACUUUUGUUUUGCAUGAGGGUCAUGGUCGGCGUCAUCAUCCUUUACGAUCACGUCCACCCCAACGGCGCCUUCAACAGGUCCUCAAAGAUAGAUAUGAAAGGCUGCAUCAAGGUCCUGAAGGACCAGCCGGCAGACAACGUAGAAGGUCUGCUCAACGCCCUUAAAUUCACCACAAAACACCUGAACGACGAGUCUACUCCGAAGAACAUCCGGGCGAUGCUCCAGUAGUACCUUUUAAACUAUAAAUAAAGAUGAAGAGGCUCAAUGCUCGGACCUCAAAUAAGAUGUAUAUGUUUACAUUAUUUAAAAUGGCUUAGUGUUAAUACUUGUGUGUAUUUGCAUAGUCAUUCCCUCCAAGUUUUUGAUAUCUGUAGAACUUGUACUUAGCAAAAACAAAAAAAACUGUAAAGACUCACAUGAAUUGCCUCUGCUGUUCUCAGCUGUCAAAGCACAAACGGAUGCCCAUCGGCCUUAUACUAUAACUGAGCUCUGCAAACGGCACCUAGAAAUAAGGCUGCAUGAAAUACCCUUUAACAGACUGUUCAAUCUUUUAUUUGACAAUGCAGUCAGUUUGGAGUUUGUUUUUUCUGACAGGUUCUUAUAUCGUAGUUCAUUUUUCUUUUAUUUUUAUCGACCUGUAUUAAAACAAGUGACAUAUCAUUCUGUGUUUUCACUUGAUCUACAAAUGAAAUGUUGACAGGAUUUGAACUCAGUUGAUAUCUAAUGGACGUUUAUGUUGAAGUGAAGAGCAAAAUAUUGAAAGCAGCUAAUGGAUGGGUAUUUUUAAGUAUUUUUUUUAAAUUGUUGGCUGUGUCUACUUCAAACUAUCCUAAUAAAUCCACUGUGAAUAUGAACUUAAUUUGAACCUCCAGUAGAGUCCUGUAUGUCAACAUUUGCUAUAACUUAAAAGUUUUUUUUUCUGGUUAAAAAAGCAUGAAUGAAUAACAAACAUCCCAUCAACCAACUGUUUAUUUAAUUUAAUUUAAUCUGAAGGAUGUUUGAAUUUUUUGAGGUUUUACAUGAUUGUUUGUUUUAUUUGUAGCUUUUGUAUUCCAAUCAGAAGUGCAUUUCCUUAAUGCAUCAUUUGAAAUAAAUGCUAUAUACUUUGCAAUCAAC